AUGUUUUGUGCUCUGAGAGCAAUGAGCACAGCAACGCUAGCAGAAGGACCUGUAGCCACUACGAUACGUCGGAAGUUGGAGAACACAUUCUCACCGUCUCAUUUGGAGAUUGUAUGCGAAAGCUUUAUGCAUAACGUUCCAAAAGGAUCGGAGAAACAUUUUCGUGUGCAAAUCGUCAGCGAUAAGUUUGAAGGAUGUACAGUGAUUCAGAGGCAUCGGAUGGUGAACUCGUGCCUGGCUGAUGAAUUGGCCGGUCCAGUGCAUGCUCUAAGGAUCGACGCUAUUUCACCGAGUAAAUGGUGCGGACAGAAGACGCAUCCUAGCCCAGCUUGCCGAGGUGGUAAUGAAAUUCCCUCUUCCUUGGAUAUUCAAAUUCACUACAGCAUAAUGCUCUCGCGACUCGCUUUGCGUCCUUCGAUUCUUCUUUCUCCCAGUAUUCGUCAGUUUUCACACUCGGUACUGAGGCCAGCUCGAUUUGGAGGUGGCGGUAGCAGUACUGGUUUCACUAGGUUUACACAACAAACCGGUAUUGGGAUCCGAACUGGAAAGACUCUCAAAGAAAGACUUCUUGGUCCCACAACUGGAGCCCCCUACAUCUUUGGAACAUAUGCAUUAGCUGGAGCGUCCAUUUUUGGCAUUGGAGCGUUGAUGUAUUAUGGACUCAUAUCGAAGGAACAGUCGAUCCUCCAAGGAAGCGCCCUUUGGCCACAAUAUGUCCGUGACCGACUUUCCUCUACCUAUUCAUACUUGGCGGGAAGUUUGGCAGUAACAGCAGCUAGCGGAGUUGCUGCAUCUCGUAAUCCAGCUAUCAUGCGCCUGACACAAGCCGGAGGAGUCAUGGGUCUCUUCGCAACCUUAGCUGUAAUUAUUGGAACUGGCAUGCUCUGUCGCUCGAUUGAUUACGAUAGUACGAUUGCCAAACAUUUUGCAUGGAUGCUUCACUGCGGAGCUAUGGGAGCUGUGCUAGCCCCUAUGUGCUACAUCGGUGGGCCGGUGCUUAUGAGGGCUGCAUGGUAUACUGCUGGUAUUGUUGCUGGUCUUUCUGCCACCGCUAUCACAGCGCCAUCGGAGAAGUUUCUGAUGAUGUCGGGACCGCUUGCUAUGGGUUUGGGUGUGGUAUUCGUUGCAAACAUUGGGACGUUCUUCUUCCACCCAGGUUCUGCACUAGGAGCUGGACUUAUGUCAAUUGUUCUAUAUGGUGGACUAAUUCUAUUCUCGGCGUUUUUGCUUCAUGAUACACAGCGUGUAGUAAAACACGCUCAGAUUUAUCCACAACGUGACCAUAUGAUGUACGGAAUGCCCGAGGUCAGAAGUUACGACCCGAUUAAUGCGCAGCUUUCAAUAUACAUGGAUGUAUUAAAUAUCUUCAUGCGAAUGGCGAUGAUCAUGAGUGGAAUGAGUGGAAAUAGAAGGAAGUAG